GUGUAGUAGAAUAUUCAUGUAUUACAAUAAUAAAAGGAACCUAAGGAGAGAUAUGAGACUCAUCACGAUAAGCGUAAAAGAAAGGGUGAGAGAGAGAAGCUAUGGGACACUUUUUGAUUGGUCUGCUUGUGGUUGUUUUGUUUAUUGGUAAUGUUAUUGAAGAAGCAAAUGGUGAAAUCUAUCCAACAGUUUUGAGCAAGAUAGAGUGGAUGAACAAGAGAGGUCCUUAUUUGGGGAUUGUAGCUCCAAAUAACUUUGAGCUUAAUCCUCUUCUCGCUUCUCAAGCCUAUGUUCCAUAUCCCUCUGUGCCUUUCAUCGAUUUCGCAGGUAGAAGAUUUCGAUUUGGAAAAAUAUCCAACCAACGGGUGGUGAUCGUGAUGACGGGAUUAGGAAUGGUUAAUGCAGGAGUAGCAACACAAUUACUAGUGAGCCUGUUUAGGCUGAAAGGAGUGUUGCAUUAUGGAAUCGCUGGAAAUGCAGAUGUUAACCUUGAGAUUGGUGACGUCACUAUUCCUAAAUAUUGGGCACACUCUGGUCUUUGGAAUUGGCAGAGGUAUGGAGCUGGGAUUGACGAUGAACUAGCAUUGGAAGCCCCUGGAGACUAUACUCGUGAUAUUGGUUAUCUCCAGUUUUCUAAGUACAGUAACGGAAGCGACAACGUUCUCAAUCGAGUUUGGUACCAACCGGAAGAAAUCUUUCCGGUCACCGGAACUCCUGAAGUCCGGGAACACAUCUUCUGGGUUCCCGUUGAUAAGUCUUACUUGAAUUUUGCACGCCAACUCGAGGACACGAAGCUACCACAGUGCGUAAACACGACGUGCCUCCCUCGACCACCGAAGGUAACCAUCGUUGACCGUGGGGUGAGUGCAAGUGUCUUCGUAGACAACGCCGCUUACCGGACUUUCCUCCGUUCUAAAUUCAAUGCCACCGCGGUAGAAAUGGAAAGCACCGCCGUUGCUCUUAUCUGCCACCAGCAAAGUAUCCCUUUCGUUGUCAUCCGUGCCCUAUCCGAUCUCGCCGGUGGCGGCUCCGACAUGUCCAAUGAGGCCGAUAUUUUCGGCAGUCUCGCCGCGCAAAACUCCGUGGAUGUUCUCGUGAAGUUCGUUGGUUUGUUACCUCCACACGGAAGCAAAAUUCAGUCAGAAUAAUAAGAGUGGGUGUAUUUUAAUAAAGAGCAUGCAUGUAACGUAAAAAUAAGAUGUAUCUGUCUGUUUUUUUUUCAAUAAUAAGAGGUGUGCUUCGUUCAUUGGUUUAAAACAAUUAGAAGCUUUGUUUUAUCUCUAUAUCGGGGUUUCAAAACAAUUAGAAGCUUUGUUCAUUAAUUUUAUUUUCUGUUUAUUCGUUAAUGUAUAUUUUUGUAAAAAAAAAUUGAGGUUCUUUAGAAUCGAUACAAACCAUAUUUUGU